AUGAACACAUUAUUUCUGCUUUUGUUUCCGUCACUCGUUUUAGGAGAACAAUGGACUAGGAUUAAACUGCCAGUCCGUGUUUGGUCUUCCCUUGCCAUUCAAUCUGAUGGUCAGCGUGUUUUGAAUUGUGGAAAUUUUGAUCAAAAUUCAACGAGUCGAUACCAUUGGAGGUUCAACGGCAGUAGCGUUCUACCUGUAGAAACUCAAAUUCAUAAGCAGAACCUCAUAUUCACUGCGAAUGCGAAUGCAGACCGCUUAGCAGUGCACGGUACUUAUGAUUGUUGUGUUCAUGAGAUAUUAGGGAAAGCAUGCUACUCUCAAUUUCUGAACGUUACAGAUCGACCGAAACAAGAAGGGGUUGAUUUAACAGAAAACGAUGUUUUGUAUGGUAGAGAAGGGGACAGUUAUUAUAUUCGUUUAUUCCGACGUAACAAACGAAUAGACGCAGUUCAUUGUAUAAAACUUCCUGACUUGGACCAUGUAUCAGCUAAUGUUAAAUAUCCGGUAUUCCGCUCCAAAGAGACCAAGCAAGCGAAUCCGUAUCAUGUGAGAAUUGAGAAAAUGGCAGUUCAUAAUCUACACAAAUACAAUUGCACUAUCAGAUUUAACAAAAAGUUCCACGAGUUCAAAAUAUUUGAAGCUAAGCUUCUCACGGAGAUUACUUCAUCCACGGCUAACUUACUAUUG